UUCAUCAAUUACUUGGUUUUAUUUUUGCAGGAAACAGAUUGUCCAAGGCUGGUUAACAACAAAGGUGUAAAUUUUAUUCCAACAUCGGUCAGUUCUCAAGUAACAUUUAAAGCAGUAAACAUCCCAAACAAUACAGUUACAAAUAUGUGGUGUUAUGUGCCAAAAAAUGGAGAAGAUAUUCUUGAGUUUCAGCAAGCGAAAGUAAAUAGGACAAGUGAUGGUGAUAGGACAAGUGAUGGUAAUUUCAGUUGCUAUCUUAAUAUCACUUCAUUGAAACCUUCGAAAGGACAAGAAUUGCAAGUAUUUAUCAAGUAUGGAAGUUCAGCUACCUUCAGCCAAGACCUUGCAGAAUUUGAUGAGGAUGAUCAUACCACAGUGACAGUGUAUAGUUGUGCUGAACUUGGUAAAGACUGCAGUCAUUGUAGAGCUCUGAAAAGUCACUAUACCUGUAGGUGGUGUUCUGGUGAUGGUAAAUGCCAAUACAAAAACAGCUGUAUGAAGGCUGAGAACUGUCCACGACCAACAGUUACAAAGAUUGUACCAAGAGAUGGACCCUGGCAAGGUGGCACUGAAGUGACAAUUAGUGGUACAGAACUAGGAAGCCAAAUUUCAGACAUUGAUGGUGUUAUGGUUGCAGGCAGACCAUGUGAAGUUGAUAAAAAGAGUACAAACUUUCUGAUUCAGCUAAAUGAAUAUUUUGAAGAAGGUGUACCUAGUCG